AUGAUCAGGACCGUGGUUCUUGUUUUGCUCAGCGCUAUUGUAUGUAGCGCAACAGUCAGACGUCAGCAUCAUCCUUAUCACUGGUAUAAUGAUGAUGACGAAUAUUACGAUCAUCAUGUGCAACAUCAUCAUCAUCGCAGUCCAAGUUUCCUGAAGGGUCUGUCAGCAGACACUAAGAAAGAAUAUUAUAACAUUCUAAGAAAAGCCAAUGAAACGGUUGCUCAGCAAAAACAAGAAAUUUUGGCUUGGGCUGCGAAACACAACCUUACGGAUAAAGUGAAAAAAUUCGACGACGACUUGAAAAAACACCAGAUGGAAGUAAAGAAGAAUGUCACUGACGUACUGACUGCGUUACCUAAAAUCCAUGAACAAUUUCUAAAGAUUGUAGAGGAUGAGAAUCAAACGCACAAUCAGAUGAGACAUAAAAUUGAGGAAUUGGCAAGAAAUCACACCAAGGAAUUUGAUGCUCUCAUGUAUAUCUCGACUCAUCUACAUGUGCACCAUCGUCAUCAUCAUAAGCGACAUGUGAAAAAGCAUCAUAAGAAACAUAGUACGUGA